GCCUGUCCCCCAACACCCAAUAUCACUGUCACUAUCGCUAUAUCCGUGUAUCAUUAUUUAUCAGCAUAUCACCAUCACUUUAUAUAAUUAUAUCGGUGUAUCAGUAUCACUAUAUCCUUGACUAUAUCAGUGUAACACUAUCAAUGUAUCAGUAUCACCAUAUCAGCGCGUCACUUACAUGUCACUUUCGGGUUUUGAACGUGGCGGUACUGGCAGGGGUCGUAGUGACACGUGACGACCAACAGAUGGCGCUCAGUUCGAGUCGUUUAGGAUGCCACAAACUCAAUAUGGACAUUGUUAUUGUCUCCUUUGUACAUUUCUAACAAUAUCUUUCGACACGUGAGUAACAAAAAGUCUCCCAGUCAGUUCAAGCCAAGUGUCCAAGGUGUGAUUCAGAAUGUCAGUAUCGUGAAGAUCGACACACAGUAUUUGGUAUUUAGUAAGAGACAGCCACUUCCUAAGAGGUAGAGAACUCAUCUUUUUGCAUCUGUUAAUUAAGGUUAUGAACAUGUCUGGAACAGGGAGUACAUCAGAGAGUCGUAAGUGUGUAUUCUGCAACCAGCAGUUCUUCACAAAGGUUGAUCUGCAGAACCAUUUUAGGCGCCAUGCAAAUGGUGAAAUUGACAUCAAAGGUUUUCCCCAAAUUCUGCAAAAGACACCAGAAAAGUUGGAAGACAAGAGUGAUGAAAAAUCCGCAAAGGACAUAGGGACCAACAGUACUGGCACCGGCAAGAAGGGAGACAAUGCUGUGUGUGAUGUUUGUGGGGAAGCCUUCCGCACAGUGUCCCUGGCCAUCUCUCACAAGUUUCGUAAACAUCCAGAGUCGGUCAUCAAGCACUACUGCCCUCACUGUGGUAUGAUGUUCCCUAUCAAGCUAAAUCGUGACAAACACCUGCUGACUCACCCAGGCACGGCACCAAAGCAGCUAUACCCAUGUCUCACCUGUGGGGUGGCUUUCUAUAACCAAAGAGCUAGAAAGUUCCACAUGGACUCGGCACAUAAAGGUGCAAUACGUAUGGUUAAUCCUAUUAAGACCCCAGCUCCUAGUCUGAAGAUAGUGCUAAAUAAUGCAGGAGAAGCACAUAGUGUAUACUACUGUCACCUGUGUGGGUGUGAGUACCAGGUGAAGUAUAAUUUGCAGAAACAUCUUGGGACACGACACACUGAAGAAGAACGUGAUGCUGUUCCAGAGGAAGUGGUCCAGUGCAACUUAUGUUCAGCUCUCUUUUACUCGAAGAGAGCGUAUGAUGCACACAGCCAUCAUCAUCGUGAGAGUGACUUAUUUGCCACCAAUGAGGAAAUGAGGCAACAAGUUGUACAAAGGAUAGAUCAAGAUUUUGACCAGCGAAGAGUUCCCUCUACUGUUGAGCGCUACCUCUCAGCCUCUGCCGUCAGUCUCAAUCGUUCUGCUACUUGGCGGAAUAUUCAAGCUGCAAGGAGGGCUCAAGUUACACAAGAGUCCCCAGUAUCAUCAGAAACAUUUAUACAGAAAGAUAUAUCAUUAUCAAAGGAUUCUUUUGUUGAAACGUCAUCAAAAGUAUCAAUGGUGCAUCACCCAGAGACUUCCUUAAAAGAAGAGGUUAAUUCUCCUCUGUUGUCAACAAGUGGACUGGGUAUGAGUGAGGAAAAUAUAGCUAAAGCAUUUGAUGAUGAUCAUGAAAAAAGGACUAUAAACAAAGGAGUCAGUAGUUUAAUACAGGGUGAGAACAUGUGUUGGGGAUCAGAGGAAAGGGUUGCCAGUAAGAAGAGGAUGCUGGAUGACCCUGAGGAGGACGAUUGUGAUAUAAGCAGCUUAGGAACUGUGAACCCAGACUCUGUUAUGUCCAACCCAAGAGUUAUGGCUGGAGAGUGCAGUAGUAGUGAUGGUAUCUUAGGAGAGUCUACAGAAGAGCGGUUAAAGGAAAGCAGUGAUGUUGUGAAGUAUAUAGACAAAGAGGAAAGGAACAGAGAGACAAACAGAAGUUCUCUUCUGUUCCACAGUGGCUGCCAUGUGGAAGGAAGAGACAGUGAUGGAAGUGACAGUGGAGAAUUGGUGGUUGAGAAAAUUGUUGGAAUGCACCGUAAUGUUCAUGGUCGAGAGUUCCUCGUUAGGUGGCGUGGAUUUGAGCCAGCAGAUGAUACGUGGGAAAGAGAGGAAUUUCUAAACUGCAAUGAACUUAUCUCAGAUUUUCUCAAGAAUAAGAAGACCAAGGCGAGUGUGCAGAGUGGUGAUAUGGCUAUUGAGUGGUAUGAUACACCCAGACACAAGAGACAGAAGGAGAGGCAAGUCGAAGAUGCUAUAGAAUAGUUCUUGUUGGCUGAAUACUGUAUGUAGAUACUUAAAAGUGUUAUUUAUCGUAAUUUCUGUUUGUAUGAACAUUCCUCUAUGAGUUAAAUGUGAAUAUGUACAGUGUUAAUUGAUAUGUAUACUGUACUGGUAUAUGUAACAAAUAUACAGUACAGUAUAUGUAUAUACAGUGAUCCCUCGGUUAACAAGUUACCUUUCAUAAGAUUCUUAACUUUGGUUAACGAGCAAUCC